GCAAUAACCAGCAUCCCGAGAGCAACCGUUACAGUCAGUAAGUGAUAAGCUUAGACUUCACUACUAUAACUAACAACGACCGGAGCUGAAAAGGCGAGGGUGAAAAAAACAAACAAAACAGAAACGAAUCCAACCAGAGUAUAUGGCAUGGACACCACAGAUGACAAAGAAGAGACACAAAGGGUAGAAAUCCCAUCCAGCUCUGGUCAUACAUCUGAACACCUUAGGAGGACACGACACGCAGGUGGUACUACAGAGGACCCAGAGUUAGAAAAUAUCCAAGGAAAUGAAAAAAUGAACCAGAAUGUAGAGUUGUUAGAGAAGAAGCCAUGGAGAAAAGCUGGUGCUAACAUCUCAGAUUACUUUAACUAUGGUUUUGAUGAAAAAAGCUGGAACGCUUAUCGUAGGAAACAGGCAGAACUCCAUGGACUGAAAAGAAAAGAAAAUGCUAAAAACAGGGGCCAGAAGAGGCAAACUGGAUAUAGAGAAGAGGGGACUUCUUGUGCUUAUUCUUCCCCAGGCACACCAUCUAUUCUAGCUUUCAGAGAGUCAGAUCCUACCGCUGAUUUGAUUGGAGGACAACCUGAAUCCAGCAGACAGCAUUGGCACCAAUAUCUUAAUGAUGGAGUCAGCAAUAUUCAGGUGUUUUGUGAGGACUAUAAUGAGGACAAUAUUAAUGCUGAUCAACUGCCACCUCCAGUCAAUAUGAACUCUCUCUUUGAAUUUAUUCCACCAUCUUUCCUUUUCCACCCAGGACCCCAGCCUCCCUUUCCUACUGCUACUUUAGUGAGUGGAAACUCUAAAGGCUUCGACAACCCAGCAACUUCACUAUACCCAUGUCCAUCAAGGAGAAUCACCAUCAGCCCUGGAGUGAUUGAUGCUACCAAGGCCUGGGAAUGCUACAUAUUGCAGGAAAAACGUAACGAGGAUAGAGACAGAUCCAGAGAGCACGGUCAUGAUAGAAACAGCAAAAGAAGUGGAUACAAAGAGAAGGAGAGCUGCUUCUCUUCGCGGUGUAGCAAGGAGGAGCAAAGGAAGCACAGGGAUGCUAGGAAGCGAGGGUACGAGCAUCGCAGAUUUGAAAGAGGCAGUAGAGAAAAGAGGCGGCGAGACAAAGACGAGGGAUCACGAAAAACAUCAGAAAGCAGCAGUGUCAGCUGCAGCAGACGUAGCAGAGAUGUUGGUGGGAACAAGGAGAAUAGACGUAAGCACAAAAAAGCCAAGAGAAGUAGGAAGGACAAGGAAAACAGCCGGAUGGUCUCUGCUGACCGAGAAAGGAAAUUAAAAUUUGACUGACUUUCAGUCUCCCAGUCUGAUUAAGGGAGAACUGCACCAUGGCAGCUUACACUAUGUUGUAUCAGAAAAUUAAUUAAUAGAGGCUAUAGUUUAGGAAUUAAUAUUUACAAUAUCUUUAAUUCACUGUAAUUAAUUUGUUAAUAAUUCAUUUUAUUUGACAAACUAAGAAUAAUUUAAUGUAAGUUUCAUGCAAUGUGCAUUCGUUGUGUUGUUUCAGAUGAAAGUCAUGUACGCGUGUAGCUUUGUGAAUCCCAGGGUAAUGUGCUUUUAAUAAUUUUUCUCACACCAUUCUCUUUUUCAAAUGAUUUUAUUGAUCAUUUAACCAAAUGUACCAUCA